UUAGGUGAGGCUUCCGACUAUGAUUUGUAUUUUCCGCAGAAAACCCUGACAAGUUAUGUCCACCAGAGCUGGUUUGCGAACCUAAGCAUGUUCACCGUUUGCUUUUGGAUGAAGACUGACGAUUUAAGCGAGGGCACAACAUUUAGUUACGCCGUGCGAAAACCGUGUUGUAAUGAAAUUACGCUUUUCAAAAGGCAUUUGGCAAUUCAAAACCAAGAUAGGUAUGCAUCCCUGGUUGUUGUAAUUUUAUUAAUUCGUAAUCCUUCUCAAAUUCCUUGAGUUAGACUUAACCUUCUCAAAAAAGAAAAGAAAUUGCGAAAUUCUGUCUACAGCCACCUAACCACAAAACUAAACAAAAAAACACAUAAGCAAACAACACAGUAAACAAGCUAAGACAGGGGAAGUUGAGAGAAAUUAAAAAAUGUUUGCAAACCCGGUUUUCAUAAAUCCAGGUGGAUUUUAAUCUGUACCAAUAACAAAAAAGAGAGGUCUUUAUGUCCAUACAAAGAGUGCAUCGGCAAAGUUCUGAUCUUCAGGCUACAAAUACACGUUCAGAAUGAAUAAAUAAGUGAAUGAAUAGAUAAAUAAUACAAUAAACAAAUCAAAGAACGAAUAAAUGAAUGGAUAAAUGAAUGAAUGAAUGAAUAAACGAACGAAGAGAUGGCAUAAUGAAUAGGCGAUUAAAUGCAUAUACACACAUGCACAUGUACAGUCGGUUAUCCUUGACAUUCCUGGUGAUAAUAACAAUUUGACAGUAUGGAAUCCUUAAUUUAGAAAUGUCUUCCAUGGUUUGUUCAUAUUUUGUUCUUCUUAACAUUUCUUUUCUUUCUAUAUCAGGGCAAUUCUUCUAGGCAAAUAUUACGACGGACAUCAGCACCAUGUUUGUAUUACCUGGGAAAAUACGGCUGGAUCCUGGAAUUUGAUCGUGGACGGUCACGUGAUUAACAACGGAAGCAGAUUUCGUGUGGGGCACGUAAUUCCUGGCGGAGGAUAUUUAGUAAUUGGUCAAGACCAAGACAAAUUUAGAGACCCUAGUGGGUUUGCCUUUUCACAAAGCUUUGUGGGAAGCAUCAGUGGGCUCAAUAUGUGGAGCCACGUACUGCCUCGUAAUGAAAUACUGCGCAUGUGCAAGGCCUGUAACACAGGAACUGGAGAUAUACUCAGAUGGUCCGAUUUUUUUAACUCCAGGCAUGGAGAUGUAGUCGUCAGGUGCCCUUCUAAGUGCAUAGUUUAA